ACCUCACUGAGAGCUGCGAACAAGCUCUUUUAGACUUUUAAUAUUAGUCCCCAUUCCCCUCAGCGUCCCAAAUUCCAGUCCGCCUAUGUCUGUCGCCCAGUGUGACAAUGCGGGAAUCCCAGCGGAAGUGCAACCUGUUCGAGAUCCUCACGCGAUUCCCGAGGACUCCAAUCAAAUGGACCAGUUUAGGGACGUCCGAUCCAGGAGCCAGCAUUUGAGAGAAGAUCCCCAUUUCAUUGCCGAAUUCCUGGGAAAUGACUCCAGCAAAGCUGGCGCGAUAUUCCGAAGAUAUGACAAGCUAGCCAUAUACCGAAUACUCCUCUUGAGUAGAGAACUCAGAAGUAUGGAGAAGAAACAUGAAGCGUGCAUGGAUGAUGGACGGGAUCUGGAAGAACCCGAGAGCGAAGACUACGGUGACCGUGUUGGUACCACAAUCAAGGAAUACUAUGAUCUUUUGAUCGCUUACAGUCAGGUUCUGCAGCUUGAGCCCCCUGCUGGACGACAAGUCGAUGCAAUCGAUCGAUUCGUUUCUAAUCCGACAUACCACGAUAAUAAAAGAUGGUGGGGUCAUAGACUGAAGUAUCAAGAACGAAUCUUCGGCGGCGAAGACUGCUGCAGAGCGUUCUCAGAUCUUAUCAGUCUGCACACCAUUCCUGAGAACGACCCCUACACAUCCAAUUUUUUUGAUAAGUUCCUUUGGCCCUUCUUCCUGACACCCGAGUCAUCUCUGAAAGCGAAGUAUAUCAACGAGAAAAAGAUGCAACGCUUCAUCACGUUUGUAGUCACAGUUAUAUCGAUGAUCUACCUUAUAGCCCCCAUUUGGAUUCUGUGGCGGCUGGAAGACCACAUGGUUGCCAAAUUGGCUACACUCACAGGGUUCGUGUUGGCUUUUGCUGCAUGGUUGGGAUUUUUUACAGAUGCAGCAAGGAAGGAAAUCAUAGCAGCUACGGCAGCAUAUUCGGCCGUCCUGGUUGUGUUUGUCAGUCAGCAGAGCUCUGUUAGUGUAUUGACGCAAGGCACUGGUACUGUGGUGACACAGAGCUGAGCGGCGAAUAAGAGGCACGGAGUUAAGAAACCGUUGGCAAUGUUCGUUGUGUUCUUUUUGUAUGUUCCUCAAACUCGUUUU